AUGUCUAGAACGUUGGCUCUACCACAACAUUACGGCGCCGCGAGUAUACUGAGACGAUUUCGGACAUCUCCUUCGCAAAUGAGGGCCUGUUAUCUCGGAUCAAGGAGUGGAAGAGAAUCACGGAGAGGCAGAGAAGACAAAGCAACUCCACGGAAGGCUGCGACCGAAACACUUGUCGAAGCUACGAUCCGCUACAUCGUUACGGCAUGUGAGUCAGCUAUACCGCAUAAGAAACCUCGUCACUACAAGCGACCUGCAUACUGGUGGACUACAGAAGUCACGGAGCUUCGCCGAAAGUACCUGAAGUUGAGACGAGCUGCACAACGGGCAAAGAAAGGAAGAGAAGCAAACGCCAAAUCUGCGGAACACAGCGACGUGAAAAAGCAACUGCGCCGGGCCAUAAUUAAUAGCAAGGUCGCCUGCUGGAAGAAGUUCGUGGAGGAUAUCAGUAUGGACCCAUUUGGACUGGACUACAAAAUUGUAAACCAGAAGCUCGGGGCCUUGAGACCGAUCCAAGUCAUGGAUACAACCACCAUAGAAAACAUCGUGGAGCUGAAGAGGACGGCCCGAAUCAUACGAAACAAGAAGGCACCAGGUCUCGACGGCAUACCAAUCAAGGCUGAAAAUAAUAGUCCAACUAAAUCCAGGCGCACUGUUAGAGGCAUACAAUGCCUGCUUAACAAAUGGAAUUUUCCCAUCGCGAUGGAAAACAGCGCACCUCGUGCUCAUCGGCAAACUGCUGAAAAGCUGAUAAAGGCGAGGUUGAGUCCCGCGAUUGAGGCCGCUGUCGACCUGUCACCGAAACAGUACGAAUUCAGAUCGGGGCGAUUGGUAAUCAACGCUGUUCAAGAUAUCAUGGAAGCAGUGCGGAAAGCAGUGGACAACAAUUAG